CAGGUCCCCGCCCCCGGGCCCUACGGGGCUGAGGUCGGGAGGCCCCGCCCCCCGCCCACGAGGAAGUGGCUGCGGCUCCGGCGCGGAGCCCAGAGCCGGUUCGGCGCGUCGACUGCCCAGAGUCCGCGGCCGGGGCGCGGGAGGAGCCAAGCCGCCAUGGCCUACCACAGCUUCCUGGUGGAGCCCAUCAGCUGCCACGCCUGGAACAAGGAUCGCAGCCAGAUCGCCAUCUGCCCCAACAACCAUGAGGUGCACAUCUAUGAAAAGAGCGGUGCCAAAUGGACCAAGGUGCACGAGCUCAAGGAGCACAACGGGCAGGUGACAGGCAUCGACUGGGCCCCCGAGAGUAACCGUAUUGUGACCUGCGGCACGGACCGCAACGCCUACGUGUGGACGCUGAAGGGCCGCACGUGGAAGCCCACGCUGGUCAUCCUGCGGAUCAACCGGGCCGCCCGCUGCGUGCGCUGGGCCCCCAACGAGAACAAGUUUGCUGUGGGCAGCGGCUCCCGUGUCAUCUCCAUCUGUUAUUUCGAGCAGGAGAAUGACUGGUGGGUUUGCAAGCACAUCAAGAAGCCCAUCCGCUCCACCGUCCUCAGCCUGGACUGGCACCCCAACAACGUGCUGCUGGCUGCUGGCUCCUGUGACUUCAAGUGCCGGAUCUUUUCAGCCUACAUCAAGGAGGUGGAGGAACGGCCGGCACCCACCCCAUGGGGCUCCAAGAUGCCCUUUGGGGAGCUGAUGUUCGAAUCCAGCAGUAGCUGUGGCUGGGUACAUGGCGUCUGCUUCUCAGCCAGCGGGAGCCGUGUGGCCUGGGUGAGCCAUGACAGCACCGUGUGCCUGGCUGAUGCUGACAAGAAGAUGGCCGUGGCGACUCUGGCCUCUGAAACGCUACCACUGCUGGCACUGACCUUCAUCACAGACAACAGCCUGGUGGCAGCGGGCCACGACUGCUUCCCGGUGCUGUUCACCUAUGACGCCGCUGCGGGGAUGCUGAGCUUCGGCGGACGGCUGGACGUUCCCAAGCAGAGCUCGCAGCGUGGCUUGACGGCCCGCGAGCGCUUCCAGAACCUCGACAAGAAGGCGAGCUCGGAGGGCGGCACGACUGCGGGCGCGGGCCUGGACUCGCUGCACAAGAACAGCGUCAGCCAGAUCUCGGUGCUCAGUGGGGGCAAGGCCAAGUGCUCGCAGUUCUGCACCACUGGCAUGGACGGCGGCAUGAGUAUCUGGGAUGUUAAGAGCUUGGAGUCAGCCUUGAAGGACCUCAAGAUCAAAUGACCUGUGAGGAAUAUGUUACCUUCAUCCUAGCUGCUGGGGAAGCAGGGAGAGGAGUCUGGGAGGCUCAUGGUUGCUUUGCUGAAUGUUUCUGGGGUACCAAUGUGAGUCCCCAUAGGGGCUGCUCCCUCAAAGAGGGGACAGAUGGGGAGCUUUUCUUACCUAUUCAAGAAAUAUGUGCCUUUUUCUUAAAGAAAUGCUUUCAUUUAUUGAAGGAAAAAAAAAAUGUCCCCAAAGCACUAUGCUGGUCAUGAACUGCUUCAAAAUGUGGAGGUAAUAAAAUGCAACUGUGU